AGUUUCUCUUCGGGUGUCAUCAUAGUCACUUGGCUUUCGUUCUGUGGAAAAACGCGCGUUUGAGGGUUAUAAAAGAGAACAAAUUUAUCCUCAAGCAGACACUUCAUUGUGUAUUUAAUAUUUCUUUUAUUCUGAUAUAAAUUAAAAUCUAACUAAAAAGAAACAAAAAUCAAAGGAGAACGUGUAAGAAAGAAAAAUGAAAUUUAUAUCAUUUUUCGUAAUUUCAUUGGUGUUAUGUCAAAGUCAUGCAAUUGACAACAGGGAUUUGUAUGAAAUAUUUGGACAAGGAAGUGUUACUUUGCCUGGCGCUAACGAUGAAUCGAAGGAGGUUUCACUACAAUUGCCAAUACACUUCUAUGGAGAAAAAUAUGAUUCCAUUUUCAUAUCAUUCUUUACUUCUUGACGUGCACCACUAUUUAUUAUGGGUACCUCCCAAGCAGAGUGUGCUGUUUUGUAAAAUAAAAACGUUAUUUUUAGUCCCAGAAAUAAAUGUUAGAAGAGCGACGAUGUUGGUAAAAAUAGAAUAUCAAUAUGUUAUGAAAACUCUUCUCAAGACACUCUCGGAUAAAAAGAACUUUUAA